CUGCAAGUAUCUGCAGAAAUGAUGGAUUAUAUAAAGAGGGAGCGAUUAAUCUUUCUUUCUCUAGGUUUAAUCCGAACUGUCUGCUCCAGACACAUCGCUUCCACCAUCUCCAAAGGGAUUACCUGAGGACUAGACUAAACAUCUGGGAUCAUGGUGGGACUGAAGCCAUCUGAUAUUCCUCCUCCUUUGGGAGUGAAGGUACUGAGUGCAGGUACAGCCGCCUGCAUCGCCGACCUUGUCACCUUCCCACUGGACACAGCUAAAGUCCGGCUACAGAUCCAGGGUGAGAAAGCAGCAGUAGAAGCAACCAAGAACAUCCGUUAUCGUGGUGUAUUCGGGACAAUCAGCACUAUGGUGCGAACAGAGGGGCCACGCUCGCUCUAUAACGGCCUGGUGGCCGGCCUGCAGAGACAGAUGUCCUUUGCAUCCAUACGAAUAGGCCUCUAUGACAACGUCAAAAGCUUCUACACAGGAGGGAAAGACAACCCUAAUAUAGGAAUCCGAAUCCUGGCUGGCUGCACUACAGGAGCGAUGGCGGUUUCCAUGGCUCAGCCCACAGAUGUGGUGAAAGUGCGCUUCCAAGCCCAGAUGAACCUGCACGGAGUCGAUCGUCGCUACAACGGGACCAUGCAGGCGUAUAGACAGAUUUUCCUACUGGAGGGCCUGCGUGGACUCUGGAAAGGAACACUACCCAACAUCACCAGGAAUGCCUUAGUGAACUGCACAGAGCUUGUGUCGUAUGAUCUGAUCAAAGAAGCCAUUCUUAAGCACAAGCUGAUGUCAGAUAACCUGCCAUGUCAUUUCGUCUCUGCAUUUGGUGCCGGGUUCAUCACCACCGUCAUCGCCUCUCCUGUGGAUGUGGUAAAGACCCGCUACAUGAACUCUCCUCCCGGGCAAUACAAAAGUGCAAUCAACUGUGCUUGGACCAUGAUGACCAAAGAAGGACCUACAGCCUUCUACAAAGGAUUCGUGCCUUCCUUUCUCAGACUGGGAUCGUGGAAUGUAGUCAUGUUCGUGUCGUUCGAGCAGCUGAAGAGAGCCAUGAUGGCCUCUAAAAACAAGAUCGAAGCAACCAUGUAAUAAAAGACUGUUGGUUCUAUUUUAAACGCACUGACUCACUGAACAAGAUGCCAUUUGUGCUGCUGAAAGAAACCCAGCAAAAGCAGGUGGUCAGUUAUUUAAUUUAUUAGUCUGAACUAAAGGAAGAGAGGAAGAACGCUCACCCUAUCCUUCACAAUAUCCAGAGUUUCGAAAAGAGAUGAGAGUCUUAGAACCUGGUAUGUGUAUGUUGCCCUAUGAUGUCCAGAUCCAGUGGUGCUGCUGUAGCUGGUAGAUGAUGGAAAGCCACAUUAUGCACUUUGCCCAUUUUUCACUACACUACUCGAAAACACAACAAUGCCCAUAGGCUGUCUAUAUUUUUAUAAUUAUUCUUAAUAUUAUAGAAUCCUUUGUUUAAUAAAGGACAAGAUGUUUUUAAUUAAUGUUGAACUGUUUACUGUAUGUUUACUCUCCGCUCGACCGCUGUACACUUGCAGGAGACAUGUGAGCUGUGACAGCAACCGACCUGAAACGUAUUGAAGUUCAUUUCUAAAAUAAAUACAUAUUUGCGUAAAGUACGCUGAACAGCUUCAA